UUACCCGGACUGACUUUGCACACGCACACAAUGGAGGCGGUGACAUCUAGCAGACCUUACCACAUCGUAGUUUUUGGUGCUUCAGGCUUCACUGGCAAGUUUGUAGUGGAAGAAGUCGCUCGCUACGCCGCCGACAGCACCCCAGACAACCGUCUAAAAUGGGCCGUGGCCGGCAGAAGCGGACAGCGUCUCAAGGGGAUGCUCGAGCAGGUCGCCAACAGGCUAGCCAUGCCCGAGUUGAGCACAGACGUUGACAUCAUCAUAGCAGAUGUGUCCAGCAAAGAAUCUCUGGCCGUCAUGUGCCAACAGGCUCUGGUUAUUCUCAACUGUGUGGGCCCGUACAGGUUUUAUGGCGAGCCGGUGGUCGCUGCAUGCGUGGAGAAUGGAGCUCACUACAUUGACAUCUGUGGAGAGCCUCAGUUUCUGGAGCGCAUGCAGUUGGAGUACCACAGUAAGGCCUUGGACAAAGGGGUGUAUGUAAUUGGUAGCUGCGGCUUUGACUCCAUACCAGCAGACUUGGGAAUUCUUUAUACUCAGAGCCACUUUAAAGGGACGCUGACAGCAGUGGAGAGCUUCCUAACAAUAAGCAGUGGGCCUGAGGGCUCAUGCGGUCACGAUGCCACUUGGCAGUCGGCUGUGCACGGCUUUGCGGAUAGUAGCUCCCUUCGCCGGCUGAGGAGGAAGUUUGGCCACAAGCCGCUUCCUGUCGUAGGAACCAAAGUUCGCCAGAGAGGUUUUGUGUUUUAUAGCAAAGAGAUAACGCAGUACGCCAUCCCUUUUAUGGGUUCGGACCCGUCUGUAGUGAAGAGAACACAGCGUUUCCUUUACCAGGAGGAAUGUCGGUCACCUAUCCAAUAUUGUGCAUAUGUCGGGAUAGGUGGUUUCUGCUCCGUUGCCAAGCUCCUUUGCGGCGGACUGCUCUUCUGGGUCAUGGUCAAAUUCCGCCUGGGCAGGAAACUUCUCACCAUGUUUCCAAGUUUUUUUUCCUUUGGAAUGUUCAGUAAGGCCGGUCCAACAAUUAAACAGAUUGAAGACACCUGCUUCAACAUGACAUUUUUCGGAGAGGGAUACUCCGAGGGUACAGACCCUUCCCAGGGACCACCCAACGCCAAGAUCUGCACUGAGAUCAUGGGAGCAGAACCUGGUUAUGUGGCCACAGUGAUUGCUAUGGUACAGGCAGCAGUAACAGUGUUGAAAGAAAAAUACUCCCUUCCCAGAAGGGGAGGAGUGUACACACCAGGAAGCGCCUUCCACAAAACCAGUCUCAUUGACCGCCUUCAUAAUCAUGGUUUCAAGUUCUCUGUGAGACACUACGAAGAAGCCACGAAAGCUUAAGCCCCUUCGUUGUUUUUCACCUUCACUGCCAGGAAGUGUCAGCAUUUCACCGUCUUCCCCCAAUGAUGGAACAAUGACCCUUCACAUCCUGUCUUGACAGUAGAGGUCAUUUCAUGCCUCUGAGGAUGCAGAAGCGGUAUGUAGAGUGACAGCCGGUCACCUCGGAAUCCCUCUUGAGAUUUUCACUUUCAUUCGGCCGAGGCCGCCAUCAUUAGGAGGAAACACUGGCAAGUCACCCUGUGAGCCAUUUCCCCGUCACAUCUGCUUCCCAUCCCCCCCAAGUGUCACCACCACUCCAAUAAACAAUCCAAACUGGUUGUGAAAACAGAACAUGUCAGUAGUGUAGUUCCUGCGUCACAUCGCUCGUGCGAUAAGCAGCUGCGGUGUUGGUGCGAGGGCGAGAAAUUGCCGUGGUUCCCCAGGGCAGCCCCACCCUUACCGCCUUGCCUACAGUCCGCCAUUGUGGCCGUGCUGCUUUUUGCGUGAUCUUACGAGCUUCCCUCAUCUGCCGACCAGCACUCUUGCAAUUGCCUUUUUAAGGACGGUGUUUUGGAGAAUAUGAAACUCCAGCACCUCCCGAUUAGAAGGCAGUAAGCACUUAAUAGGAAAUUAAGAAAGAAAUAUUUGACAAUCCUUAUUUUCAGUUGAUUCAAGAUAAACAUCAAGUUUUCUUGAUUGAGAGGGAGUCAUGCUUACCACCACUGCUAAGUUAUCCAAAGAAGCUCCUUAUGAUGCUAAUUUUAGAAUAUUUUCUCCCUGGAAAUUUAGAAGUCUUGUAUAUUCCCAUAUUUGUCUGUUCAGAUACUGAACAUUGGAGUGUGUGUUUGCUUGAGCAUUCUUGAAUCUUCUAUUGUGCUGCUGUUUCAUCGUCUUGACUUUUUUUUUUUUGUCUAUGCUUGUCCUCCCUCCAGUGGAAUGAGGUGUUAUUUUCACUCUCACACUUCAUCCUCACACAAACAGCUUGAUGACCUACUUGAAAUCAUCUUUUAGUCUCACGUCCGUAAUGUAUAUAUUUUUUAAAUA